UUUCAUUGGUUUUCUGUUUUCUCCCUUCCAUGUAUACAAAUAUGCGUAAUGCCUAGUUUUCCAUUCCCAUUAAUUACACUUUUUUCUCUCUCACACGCAUCUCUGCUCUAUAAAUCCUUUCAUUUCAUCAUCAACCUCUGUGCUACAAUCGCAGACAGGAGAAAAUACACUGCUGCCAAUUCUGUUGUUGUUUUGUUUGGGGAGCGGGGCUAGGAAUCGGAAUAUAUGACGACGGGGCUGGUAGAGCCGCGGGAGAGGGAGGGCGUCGGCGCCAAGAAGGGCCGGAACGUGGCUGUGAUGGCGACGGCGAAAAAGAAGCCUCGUUUGCACAAUGCUGUUGGGUUGCAGAGGCUGUUCAUGCUUUGCCGCCAGGUGUUUGAUGGAGUGCCUGGCUCGGUCCCUUCUUCCGCUGACGUGCAGAGGCUCUGCAAUAUUCUAGAUGGUAUGAUACCAGAAGAUGUUGGACUAAGUGCGAAUCUGCAGUUCUUUCAGCCUAAAACUAAGGUUGAAGGUGAUCCAAGGGUCACAUUCACAACCAUCUACAAGUGCAACAACUUCUCGCUUUGCUUGUUCUUUCUUCCUGCAAAUGCUGUCAUACCUCUACACAACCACCCAGGAAUGACGGUAUUCAGCAAGCUUCUGCUAGGGAGCAUGCACAUUAAAGCAUAUGAUUGGCUUGAUCGCGAUUCAGAGUUGUCUUCAAGAGUAAUGGCGCAUUCAGUAACCGAGCAAAAUUUUCUUGGAUUUUUUGUAGCUGAUGCAGUUAAAGAAGGCAUUGGAAGGAGAUUGGCGAGGUUGAAAGCUAACAAAGUAUUCACAGCACCAUGCAACACUUCUGUUUUAUACCCAACAUCUGGAGGCAAUAUUCAUGAAUUUAAAGCUAUUACACCAUGUGCAGUGCUUGAUGUGCUUGGUCCUCCCUAUACCAUGGAUGAUGGCCGCGACUGCUCAUAUUACAGAGACACUCCCUUCAAUGCUUUAUCAAAAGCAGAAGAAGAUGGUGAACUUUAUGGAUGGUUGGAAGAGAUUGAAAUGCCCAAGGAUGGAGAAAUGGAUGUUAUCCAAUACUUAGGUCCACAGGUUGUAGAAUAGUCCAUAAGCUAAUCCCAGGUGCUCCUAAUAUUUCCUUCUUUAUUUUUCCUCCUAUUUUCUUUUGGGAGCUGCCAUUUUUUAUUCUUUUUGCCCCUAAUUAGCUCAUUAGAUGUCAUCUUCUCCAAGUACAUGUAAGAUGUAAGUAUAUAUGUAACAUGUAUAUAGACCAGAAUAGAGUUUGAAGAUAUAUGUGAGUAGCCAAGUGACAAGUGAGAAUCCUUCUUUCAGUUUUCACA